UGUAACCCUAGUCAGUCUAUUCAAGAGUUCUUCGAAGUGUUUUACCCACCUGUUCUUCUCCUUUUGAUCCUUAGUGAUUGGUUCUCCUUUUUUAUCGCUGACUAGUCGUCCUUGUGAACCAUAUUUUCCUACUGUUCCCCUGAUUAUAUUAUAUGUUUCUUCCGAAAUUCCUUUGCUUGCAGCUUUUCUACAGUAUUUGUCAGGUCUGCAUAUUUCCACUUUCCAGCUGUGAUGCUCUUCAUUCAUUUGUUUGCUUUUGCGUAUUUGACCUGUGUCUUUCUCUGCUAUUGUUUGAAUAGUCUUGACUGCAAUCUUCUUGUUUUUCCUUUCUUCAGUCGUGCCUAGAACGUUUACAGAGACCCAUUAUUUGUGCUGGCUAACUGAUUGAUGCUCUAUAGGUAGCGACACCCGGCAUUUUUAAGUUCAUGUUUCUGUAAUCCCAUUCCAGUUGCUCUCUAUAGUCGUCCCUUCUAAUUGAUCUUGUAGGGCUUGGAAGUUGAUGCAGUGAUCUAUGUUGAACUCAUCUCGUAGGAACUCUGUAUUGAACUUUUGUAAUUGCGCCUAUCCAAAUGUCCAAUUUUUAUGUAGCCUGAGCAAUAUCGUGUAUUUCAAUGACUGGAUGUGGUUUCUUGACGUUUUUGUCAUUCUAGAAUUCGGAUCUCAGUACGAGUGAUGACUUCAUACACAUCUGAAAAUUUCGUCAUUCUGGUAAAACGAUCCGUGAUUAACUUGAAUCAUCGUUUUUCUUUAUUCCUUAUUAAGCGGAAUUGUAAACCUUACUUUACUUUUUACUUAUAGGGGAACUAUUUCAACCAUGUCAAAUAUUUUAAGAGGUCUUGAUAUAUCCACACUUACCCAUCAAUCGUUGAAAGACAUGGGCAAUCAACUGUUCAACUCAUGUCAAUACAACGAAGCAGUUCAAUGCUAUACACAUGCUAUCACCCAACAACCAAAUAUUUCUUCGUAUUAUUCAAACAGAGCGUUGUGUUAUAUUCAAAUGCAAGAUUAUUCAAAAGUUUUAUCUGAUUGCAGAAAAGCAAUUGAUUUAGAUCAAAACAAUCUAAAAGCUCAUUUCUUUGCUGGGCAAGCACACUUGGGCUUAAAUCAAUAUGAAGAAGCAUUAACAAGACUUGUUCAUGCUCAUAAUUUAGCUUUAGAACAGCAUCGUAAUUUUGGAGAUGAUAUAACUUCAGUUAUCCGAUUAGCUCGGAAAAAACGCUUUGAAGCUAUGGAUGAAGAUAGAAAAAAGGAAGAAAUUUCUUUACAAGUUUAUUUAAACAACUUAAUCAUGGAAGAUGCUGCCCGUCAAAAACAAGUGAUUCUAUCUAAAUUGUCUGGAAUCAAUGGUUCUCUACCAAAUGUCGAGCCAACCAAAAACGUGUCUAUUGAUUUGUUAUCAGCCGAAGAUAACAAUUUUGAAAACAUCUCACCAAAGUACCAAGAAAUUCUUUCGAAAAUAGAUAAUACUGCUCAAAAAUACAUUUCAGAGCUUAAUGAACUGUUCUGUAAGUUUAAUCCCUUCAUCAAUAGUUGUUUUUUCUGGUUACCAUACCAACCAAAGUCUCUUCUUCCGAAUUAUAUACUGGGGCUUUAAUGUAAACAUUUACUAGAAGGUAUAGCUAAAAAACUUCUGUUGAUUUGAUGUACUAAUUUAUGACAGUGCUGUUGUAAAGAAUUCCUCCAUAUCAAGUAUCACAAAUACACAUCAUAUAAAAUGGAAUAAACAAAUGUAUGAUCAAUUCGAACACUUGAUAUUUUGUAUGCUGUUAUUUCCAUGUGCCAAGUAAUUUAUUGAUAUGAUUUACGGUUGAGCAUUGAGUCUCUUUUUUAAGGCACUUCGAUACGUCAUCUCAUUGAAAUAUCUCAAAAUGCAGUGCAAUCAUAAGUGAUAGCAGACAUACAAUAAAAGUUGGUUUUAUUUACUACUGACAUCACAAAAAUGCUUCAUUUGGUUGAUUAAGCAGUGUAGAAAGUCAUUUUUGUUUUAUACUUAGCAUACGAAGUAAAUAAAUUGUAAGUUACUUACUAUUUUAUAGGUGGACGAACGCCGAAAAAAAC